AUGUCAACGGCCACGUUACUGAGCACGGUGCCCGAGCAAAUUGGCAGCUGGGCCGAGGCUGUCGAGCAGGAUGAUCACGAACCUCGCGACGAACUGUUGAAGGAUGGGAUCAAGACGGUCACCGAGAUGAUCCGCGAAGACGGGAAUAACUACAAGGUCGUCACCCAGUUCAAGGUCAUCAAGAAGAAGGUACCGAAAGUGGUGGCCGAGCGGAAGCACUGGAAGAAGUUUGGCGCCUCCGAGCACGACCCGGCCGGCCCACAUAUUUCGACGACAUUCGUGGCCGAAGAAGUGGAGAUGCAAUUCGUGCGCAACCGCGCCGGCGAGCAGGUGCUCGACGUGCAGGAGGAGAAGCAAGCGGCCAAGACGACCGCCCGAGAACAUUGCCGCCUGUGCAAAGGACACGACCAUUGGUCCAGCCACUGCCCCUACAAGGAGAUGUACCAGACCGAGGAGGAUCAAGCCGCCGAGGCCGCGGACAAGGCCGCCGGCCCGGGUGCCCCUGGCCGCUAUCUGGCACCGGGAAUGCGAGGCGAUCGCGUCGAUCAACGGAGAUCCGAUGAAAACACAUGCCGAGUCACUAAUCUACCUCAAGAAAUUGACGAGCAAGAGCUGCGUGCCGUUUUCCAAAAGAUUGGACGCGUCCAGCGCGUAUUUAUCGCCCGCGACAAGGUGCACAACCUGCCGAAGGGGUUCGCCUUUGUGACGUACGAGAUGCGACAAGACGCCGAGCGCGCCAUCAAAGAGUUGAACGGCUCCUUCUUCGAGCACAUGGUCAUGCGUGUCGAGUGGACAAACCCGAAAAAC